GUCAUGAGGUUUUGAAGUCCAAAGUUAUCAGGAGGUCUCCAGUGGCUGCCACCUUGUCCAGGCCUUCUUCUGGAUGCCCUAGGACCCACCUGUGGAGAUCUGCAGUUCCUUGAAGGCCUACAACAGGGCCGUGGGCCCUCCCAGCUGGCACCUCAAGGGUUGGAACAGAGGCGCAGAAGAAGAUGACAUCAGAGAUGAGGGUGGUCAUGAUGGGGGGUGCCCGGGUUCCUUCCCUCAUUGGCCGCCAAGCCAAGACCACCGUCUUAUAAAGCAGGGUCAAGCGACCAGGGUUUUCCAAUGAGACUGUGGCUCCAAAGAUCAGCUUGGCACAAUCCCACCACCCAGAGAAGAAGAAACGCACCCUUGAUCCCACCAGCCUGCCGGUGUUCUCUGACACAUGCCCUUCGGCCACCCUGGAACCAUAUCGCGUGCCAACCCAUGCUCUGUCGCCUCCCCGGGAACUCCUGGCAACCUACACAAUGGCUCCCAGCAAGCCUCUCCACAUGAGCACUCCGCUGCGAGAAAGUGUCACCCUCUCCAAGCUGGCUGGCACCAAGGUCUACUUGAAGCUUGACAGCGCUCAGCCGACAGGCUCUUUCAAGAUCCGGGGCAUUGGGCACUUCUGUAAAACGUGGGCAGAACGAGGUUGCAAGCGCUUUGUUAGCUCCUCAGGAGGAAACGCUGGGCUUGCAGCUGCUUACUCUGCCAGGAGGUUGGGAAUCCCAGCUACUAUCUAUGUGCCCACAUCUACCCCAGUUUUCACCAUCGAGCGUCUCAAAGAUGAGGGAAGCAACGUGUGCGUCGAGGGAGAGAUGCUGGCCGAAAGCACAAAAGCAGCCAAGGAGUUGGUUAAGAAUAACCCCGAAUGGGUCUAUGUGUCUCCAUUCGACGACCCUCUCAUCUGGGAAGGGCAUAUGUCCCUCGUCCGAGAGAUCAAGGAACAGAUGGAGUCCAAACCUGGGGCGCUGGCCCUGUCGGUAGGUGGAGGUGGCAUGCUAUGCGGCGUGAUUCGGGGCCUCCGCGAGGUGGGCUGGGAUGAUGUCCCCAUCAUUGCCCUAGAGACUGAAGGAGCCCAUAGCCUGAAUGUAUCCUUAGCAGCCGGGAAGUUGGUGACACUCCCAAACAUUACCAGCAUUGCUACAACUCUUGGGGUGAAUACCGUGGCAGUAGAAACGUUGAAGCUGGCUCAGGAGCACCCCGUCUUUUCUGUAGUUGUCACCGAUCGGGAGGCAGUGGUGGCCAUUGAGAAGUUUGUGGAUGAUGAGAAGAUCCUGGUGGAACCAGCAUGUGGGGCUGCCUUGACCUCAGUCUACAGCCGGGUGGUCCAAAGGCUACAGGCGGAAGGCAAACUGAGCCCCCAGCUGGACUCCCUUGUGGUUAUUGUGUGCGGUGGCAACAACAUCACCCUGGCACAGCUGCAGCACCUCAAGGAACAACUGGGCAUCCAGAAUGACGAGGACCAUUGGGGACAGGACUUGACAGAAAGCCAGGUGGCUGUGGCUGUCUGGGAUGUAACUUCUCAGGACAAUAGUGAAACUCUCAGGGCUUCGCUCCAAGCUUGUUGGAAACCAUGCGCUUAUUAAAACUCUGAAGUGCCGCAGCCUCUGUGGUCUCCCUGAGCUGUGUGUCACACGCAGGUGGAAGAGCAGGGGUAGACUGGUGGGAACCACGGUCUUGCGGACCCCAGAUUUAG